AUGGGAAUGUUUUAUCGAACAAUUCGAAUGAUCGAAAAUGGUUUAAAGCCGGUUUACGUUUUUGACGGCAAACCACCCAAUCUCAAGGGUGGCGAAUUGGCAAAACGAACUGAACGUCGCGAGGAGUCACAGAAAGAGUUGAACAAAGCCGAGGAAUUGGGUGACGUUGAAGCUAUCGAAAAGUUUUCCCGUCGUCUCGUGAAGGUGACACCUCAGCACAAUGAAGACUGCAAGACGCUCCUUAAAUUAAUGGGCGUUCCAGUUGUUCAGGUAUGUCUCGUCUUCUGCCUUUCUUAA